AUGGAUUUGCUGCGCCUCCUCCUCAUCCUGAUGGCCAUGUGCUGUCCUGCGUACGGCACAUGGGACAGCUGUGGAGGGACCUGCGGGCUCCGGCCCAUGGCUUUUCAGUACGGCAUGUCGCGCGUCGUGGGUGGCACAGAUGCCCAGGCAGGGGCCUGGCCCUGGAUCGUCAGCAUCCAGAAUCCCUGGCAAGCGGGCACGGGUCAUACCUGCGGAGGCUCCCUCAUCAGCGCACAGUGGGUCCUGACAGCAGCCCACUGCUUCAUCGAGGCCAGCUACAUCACCAUGUGGCGCGUGGUGAUCGGUGCCACGCGGCUGACUCAGCUGGGCCCUGAGGCCCAGGUGCGCAACAUCAAGCGGCUGCUCCUUCACCAAGGCUACAGUAACAUCACGCAGAGGAACGACAUUGCCUUGCUGGAGCUGGACCAGCCUGUGCAGUGCAACGCCUACGUUCAGCUUGCCUGUGUGCCCGAUGCCUCGCUGAGAGUCUCGCAGCUGAAAAACUGCUACAUCAGCGGCUGGGGUGCCACGACUGCAAGAUCUGGACGAUCAACGGAUGUGCUGCAGGAGGCCCAGGUCCGCCUCAUUGAUGUCAACGUCUGUAACAGCAGCCGGUGGUACAGAGGGGCCAUCCACACGCACAACGUCUGUGCUGGCUAUCCGCAGGGCGGCAUUGACACCUGCCAGGGGGACAGCGGUGGGCCUCUCGUGUGCCAAGACAGCAGUGCAGACUACUUCUGGCUUGUUGGUGUCACCAGCUGGGGGAGAGGCUGUGCCCGAGCCAGGCAGCCCGGAGUCUACACCUCCACUCAGCACUUCUACGACUGGAUCCUGCUACAGAUGGGCCUGCGCCCAGCAGUGAGGGCUACUCCAACAGCACGCGCUUGGAGUCAUUUUGUCACCACCUCAAGCCCCGUUCCGAGGCCAAGGCCCACAGCAGCGCAGUCGGGCGGCUCCUGCCCAUUUCCAGUCCAGAAGCUGCUGGACUUCUUUAGCCGGCUGCAGGAGCUCCUGCAGUACCUAAGGGGAAAAACGGUGUGA